ACAGCAGAAGCAGAAGGCAGCGCCAGGGGCCGCCGCCGCCGCCGAGCUCCGCCGGGCUCGGGAGCCGGCCCCGGCGAGAAGGCGCGGAACCAUGGCCGAUGGGGGCGAGGGCGAAGACGAGAUCCAGUUCCUGCGAACUGAUGAUGAAGUGGUUCUGCAGUGCACCGCAACCAUCCACAAAGAACAACAGAAGCUAUGCUUGGCAGCAGAAGGAUUUGGCAACAGACUUUGUUUCUUGGAGUCCACUUCCAAUUCCAAGAAUGUCCCCCCAGACCUCUCCAUCUGCACCUUUGUGCUGGAGCAGUCCCUCUCUGUCCGGGCGCUGCAGGAGAUGCUGGCUAACACCGUGGAGAAAUCAGAAGGGCAAGUUGAUGUGGAAAAAUGGAAAUUCAUGAUGAAGACUGCUCAAGGUGGUGGUCAUCGAACACUCCUCUACGGACAUGCCAUAUUGCUGCGCCAUUCCUAUAGUGGCAUGUAUCUUUGCUGCCUGUCCACCUCCCGGUCUUCAACUGAUAAGCUGGCUUUUGAUGUUGGCUUGCAAGAGGACACCACAGGUGAGGCUUGUUGGUGGACCAUACACCCUGCCUCUAAGCAGCGAUCAGAAGGAGAAAAAGUACGAGUUGGAGAUGACCUCAUCUUAGUUAGCGUGUCCUCUGAAAGGUACUUGCACUUGUCUUACGGCAAUGGAAGCUUACACGUGGAUGCCGCUUUCCAGCAGACUCUCUGGAGCGUGGCCCCAAUCAGCUCGGGAAGUGAGGCAGCCCAAGGGUAUCUCAUUGGUGGUGAUGUCCUCAGGUUGCUGCAUGGACACAUGGACGAGUGUCUCACUGUCCCUUCAGGAGAACAUGGUGAAGAGCAGCGGAGAACUGUUCAUUAUGAAGGUGGCGCUGUGUCUGUUCAUGCACGUUCCCUUUGGAGACUAGAGACGCUAAGAGUUGCGUGGAGUGGAAGCCACAUAAGAUGGGGACAGCCAUUCCGACUACGCCAUGUCACAACAGGAAAAUACUUGAGUCUCAUGGAAGACAAAAACCUUCUGCUCAUGGACAAAGAGAAAGCUGAUGUAAAAUCAACAGCAUUUACCUUCCGGUCUUCCAAGGAAAAAUUGGAUGUAGGGGUGAGAAAAGAAGUCGAUGGCAUGGGAACAUCCGAAAUAAAAUACGGUGACUCAGUAUGCUAUAUACAACAUGUAGACACAGGCCUAUGGCUUACUUACCAGUCUGUGGACGUGAAAUCUGUGAGAAUGGGAUCUAUACAACGUAAGGCUAUUAUGCAUCAUGAAGGCCACAUGGAUGAUGGCAUAAGUUUAUCGAGAUCCCAGCAUGAAGAAUCACGCACAGCACGAGUUAUCCGGAGCACAGUCUUCCUUUUCAAUAGAUUUAUAAGGGGCCUUGAUGCUCUCAGCAAGAAAGCGAAGGCUUCCACAGUCGAUUUGCCUAUAGAGUCCGUAAGUCUAAGUCUGCAGGAUCUCAUUGGCUACUUCCACCCCCCAGAUGAGCAUUUAGAGCAUGAAGACAAACAGAACAGACUACGAGCCCUGAAGAAUCGGCAAAAUCUCUUCCAGGAAGAGGGAAUGAUCAACCUCGUGCUCGAGUGCAUAGACCGUUUGCACGUCUACAGCAGCGCAGCACACUUUGCUGAUGUUGCUGGGCGAGAAGCAGGAGAGUCUUGGAAAUCCAUUCUGAAUUCUCUGUAUGAGUUGCUGGCGGCUCUAAUUAGAGGAAAUCGUAAAAACUGUGCUCAAUUUUCCGGCUCCCUCGACUGGUUGAUCAGCAGAUUGGAAAGACUGGAAGCUUCUUCGGGCAUUCUGGAAGUUUUACACUGUGUUUUAGUAGAAAGUCCAGAAGCUCUAAAUAUUAUUAAAGAAGGACAUAUUAAAUCCAUUAUCUCACUUUUAGACAAACAUGGAAGAAAUCACAAGGUUCUGGAUGUCUUGUGCUCACUCUGUGUUUGCCAUGGCGUUGCAGUCCGUUCUAACCAGCAUCUCAUCUGUGACAACCUCUUACCAGGAAGAGAUUUGUUAUUGCAGACACGUCUUGUGAACCAUGUCAGCAGCAUGAGACCCAAUAUUUUUCUGGGCGUCAGUGAAGGUUCUGCUCAGUAUAAGAAAUGGUACUAUGAAUUGAUGGUGGACCACACAGAGCCCUUUGUGACAGCUGAAGCAACUCACCUGCGAGUGGGCUGGGCUUCCACUGAAGGGUAUUCUCCCUACCCUGGAGGGGGCGAAGAGUGGGGUGGAAAUGGUGUUGGAGAUGAUCUCUUCUCCUAUGGAUUUGAUGGCCUUCAUCUCUGGUCAGGUUGUAUUGCUCGUACUGUAAGCUCACCAAACCAACAUCUGUUAAGAACCGAUGAUGUCAUCAGUUGCUGUUUAGAUCUGAGUGCCCCAAGCAUCUCGUUCCGAAUUAAUGGACAACCUGUUCAAGGAAUGUUCGAGAAUUUCAACAUCGACGGCCUCUUCUUUCCAGUCGUUAGUUUCUCUGCAGGAAUAAAAGUACGCUUUCUGCUUGGGGGGCGACAUGGAGAAUUCAAAUUUCUUCCUCCACCUGGAUAUGCUCCUUGUUACGAAGCUGUUCUGCCAAAAGAAAAGUUGAAAGUGGAACACAGCCGAGAGUACAAGCAAGAAAGAACUUACACACGCGACCUGCUGGGCCCCACAGUUUCCCUGACACAAGCUGCCUUCACGCCCAUCCCCGUGGAUACCAGCCAGAUCGUGUUGCCUCCUCAUCUAGAAAGAAUAAGAGAAAAACUGGCAGAGAAUAUCCAUGAACUCUGGGUUAUGAAUAAAAUUGAGCUUGGCUGGCAGUAUGGUCCGGUUAGAGAUGACAACAAGAGACAACACCCAUGCCUGGUGGAGUUCUCCAAGCUGCCUGAACAGGAGCGCAAUUACAACUUACAAAUGUCGCUUGAGACCCUGAAGACUUUGUUGGCAUUAGGAUGUCAUGUGGGUAUAUCAGAUGAACAUGCUGAAGACAAGGUGAAAAAAAUGAAGCUACCCAAGAAUUACCAGCUGACAAGUGGAUACAAGCCUGCCCCUAUGGACCUGAGCUUUAUCAAACUCACCCCGUCUCAAGAAGCAAUGGUGGACAAGUUGGCAGAAAAUGCACACAACGUGUGGGCACGGGAUCGAAUCCGGCAGGGCUGGACUUACGGCAUCCAACAGGAUGUAAAGAACAGAAGAAAUCCUCGCCUUGUUCCCUACACUCUUCUGGAUGACCGAACCAAGAAAUCCAACAAGGACAGCCUCCGCGAGGCUGUGCGCACGCUGCUGGGGUACGGCUACAACUUGGAAGCACCGGAUCAAGAUCAUGCAGCCAGAGCCGAAGUGUGCAGUGGCACUGGGGAAAGGUUCCGAAUCUUCCGUGCCGAGAAGACCUAUGCAGUGAAGGCCGGACGGUGGUAUUUUGAAUUUGAGACGGUCACUGCUGGAGACAUGAGGGUUGGUUGGAGUCGGCCUGGUUGCCAACCGGAUCAGGAGCUUGGCUCGGAUGAACGUGCCUUUGCCUUUGAUGGCUUCAAGGCCCAGCGGUGGCAUCAGGGCAAUGAACACUAUGGGCGCUCUUGGCAAGCAGGCGAUGUCGUGGGGUGUAUGGUUGACAUGAACGAACACACCAUGAUGUUCACACUGAAUGGUGAAAUCCUUCUUGAUGAUUCAGGUUCAGAACUGGCUUUCAAGGACUUUGAUGUUGGCGAUGGAUUCAUACCUGUGUGUAGCCUUGGAGUGGCUCAAGUGGGUAGGAUGAACUUUGGAAAGGAUGUCAGCACCUUGAAAUAUUUCACCAUCUGUGGCUUACAAGAGGGCUAUGAACCAUUUGCCGUUAAUACAAACAGGGAUAUUACCAUGUGGCUGAGCAAGAGGCUUCCUCAGUUUCUCCAAGUUCCGUCAAACCAUGAACAUAUAGAGGUGACCAGAAUAGACGGCACCAUAGACAGUUCCCCAUGUUUAAAGGUCACUCAGAAGUCUUUUGGUUCUCAGAACAGCAACACUGAUAUCAUGUUUUAUCGCCUGAGCAUGCCGAUCGAGUGCGCGGAGGUCUUCUCCAAGACAGUGGCUGGAGGGCUCUCUGGGGCUGGUCUUUUUGGGCCCAAGAAUGAUUUGGAAGAUUAUGAUGCUGAUUCUGACUUUGAGGUUCUGAUGAAGACAGCUCAUGGCCAUCUAGUGCCCGAUCGUGUUGACAAAGACAAAGAAGCUACUAAACCAGAGUUUAAUAACCACAAAGAUUACGCCCAGGAAAAGCCCUCUCGUCUGAAACAAAGAUUUUUGCUUAGAAGAACAAAGCCAGAUUACAGCACAAGCCAUUCGGCAAGACUCACCGAAGAUGUCCUGGCUGAUGAUCGGGAUGACUAUGAUUUCUUGAUGCAAACAUCCACGUACUAUUACUCAGUGAGAAUCUUUCCUGGACAAGAACCUGCUAACGUCUGGGUGGGCUGGAUUACAUCAGAUUUCCAUCAGUAUGACACAGGCUUUGACUUGGACAGAGUUCGCACAGUAACAGUUACUCUAGGAGAUGAAAAAGGAAAAGUGCAUGAAAGCAUCAAACGCAGCAACUGCUAUAUGGUAUGUGCGGGUGAGAGCAUGAGCCCCGGGCAAGGACGCAACAAUAAUGGACUGGAGAUUGGCUGUGUGGUGGAUGCUGCCAGCGGGCUGCUCACGUUCAUUGCCAAUGGCAAGGAACUGAGCACAUACUAUCAGGUGGAGCCGAGUACAAAAUUAUUUCCUGCGGUUUUUGCACAAGCUACAAGUCCCAAUGUUUUCCAGUUUGAGUUGGGAAGAAUAAAGAAUGUGAUGCCUCUCUCGGCGGGAUUGUUCAAGAGUGAACACAAGAACCCCGUGCCGCAGUGCCCCCCGCGCCUCCACGUGCAGUUCCUGUCACACGUCCUGUGGAGCAGAAUGCCCAACCAGUUUUUGAAGGUAGAUGUGUCUCGAAUAAGUGAACGCCAAGGCUGGUUGGUGCAGUGUUUGGAUCCUCUGCAGUUCAUGUCUCUUCAUAUCCCUGAGGAAAACAGAUCUGUUGACAUCUUAGAGUUGACAGAGCAGGAGGAAUUGCUGAAAUUUCACUAUCACACUCUCCGGCUCUACUCAGCCGUCUGUGCUCUUGGGAACCACCGGGUGGCCCAUGCCCUGUGCAGCCAUGUGGAUGAACCUCAGCUCCUCUACGCCAUUGAGAACAAGUACAUGCCAGGUUUGCUGCGUGCUGGCUACUAUGACCUGCUGAUCGACAUCCACCUGAGCUCCUAUGCCACUGCCAGGCUCAUGAUGAACAACGAGUACAUUGUCCCCAUGACGGAGGAGACGAAGAGCAUCACCCUGUUCCCUGAUGAGAACAAAAAGCACGGCCUUCCAGGGAUCGGCCUCAGCACCUCCCUCAGGCCACGGAUGCAGUUUUCCUCCCCCAGUUUUGUAAGCAUUAGUAAUGAAUGUUACCAGUACAGUCCAGAGUUCCCACUGGACAUCCUCAAGGCCAAAACCAUACAGAUGCUGACAGAAGCUGUUAAAGAGGGCAGUCUUCAUGCCCGGGACCCAGUUGGAGGGACUACUGAAUUCCUCUUUGUACCUCUCAUCAAGCUUUUCUAUACCCUGCUGAUCAUGGGCAUCUUUCACAAUGAGGACUUGAAGCACAUCUUGCAGUUGAUUGAGCCCAGUGUGUUUAAAGAAGCUGCCACUCCAGAGGAGGAGAGUGACACGCUGGAGAAAGAGCUCAGUGUGGACGAUGCAAAGCUGCAAGGAGCUGGUGAGGAAGAAGCCAAGGGGGGCAAGCGGCCCAAGGAAGGCCUGCUCCAAAUGAAACUGCCAGAGCCAGUUAAAUUGCAGAUGUGCCUACUGCUUCAAUACCUCUGUGACUGCCAGGUCCGGCAUCGGAUAGAAGCCAUUGUAGCCUUUUCAGAUGAUUUUGUAGCUAAGCUCCAAGACAAUCAACGUUUCCGAUACAAUGAAGUUAUGCAAGCCUUAAAUAUGUCAGCCGCACUCACAGCCAGGAAAACAAAGGAAUUUAGAUCACCGCCUCAAGAACAGAUCAAUAUGCUUCUCAAUUUUAAGGAUGACAAAAGUGAAUGUCCAUGUCCAGAAGAAAUUCGUGACCAACUAUUGGAUUUCCAUGAAGAUUUGAUGACACAUUGUGGAAUUGAGCUGGAUGAAGAUGGGUCUCUGGAUGGAAACAGUGAUUUCACAAUUAGAGGGCGUCUGCUAUCCCUGGUAGAAAAGGUGACAUACCUGAAGAAGAAGCAAGCAGAAAAACCAGUUGAGAGUGACUCCAAAAAGUCCUCCACUCUGCAGCAGCUGAUCUCUGAGACCAUGGUCCGAUGGGCUCAGGAGUCUGUCAUUGAAGACCCCGAGCUGGUGAGGGCCAUGUUUGUGUUGCUCCAUCGGCAGUAUGACGGCAUUGGGGGUCUUGUUCGGGCCCUGCCAAAGACCUACACGAUAAAUGGUGUGUCCGUGGAAGACACCAUCAACCUCCUGGCAUCCCUUGGUCAGAUUCGAUCCCUGCUGAGUGUGAGAAUGGGCAAAGAAGAAGAGAAGCUUAUGAUUCGUGGAUUAGGGGAUAUUAUGAAUAACAAAGUGUUUUACCAGCACCCUAAUCUCAUGAGGGCACUGGGGAUGCACGAGACUGUGAUGGAGGUCAUGGUGAACGUCCUUGGAGGUGGAGAGUCCAAGGAAAUCACCUUUCCCAAGAUGGUGGCCAACUGUUGCCGCUUUCUCUGUUACUUCUGUCGUAUAAGUAGGCAGAAUCAAAAAGCUAUGUUUGAUCAUCUCAGUUAUUUACUGGAAAACAGCAGUGUUGGUCUUGCCUCCCCAGCUAUGAGAGGUUCAACACCACUGGAUGUGGCUGCAGCUUCGGUGAUGGAUAAUAAUGAACUAGCGUUAGCUCUCCGUGAGCCGGAUCUAGAAAAGGUAGUUCGUUAUUUGGCUGGUUGUGGACUGCAAAGUUGCCAGAUGCUGGUGUCUAAGGGCUAUCCAGACAUUGGGUGGAACCCAGUUGAAGGAGAGAGAUAUCUUGACUUUCUCAGAUUUGCUGUCUUCUGUAAUGGGGAGAGUGUGGAGGAAAAUGCAAAUGUCGUGGUGAGAUUGCUCAUUCGGAGGCCUGAGUGUUUUGGUCCCGCUUUGAGAGGAGAAGGUGGGAAUGGGCUUCUUGCAGCAAUGGAAGAAGCCAUCAAAAUCGCCGAGGAUCCGUCCCGAGAUGGUCCCUCACCAAAUAGCGGAUCCACUAAAACACUUGAUACAGAGGAGGAGGAAGAUGACACUAUCCACAUGGGGAACGCGAUCAUGACCUUCUAUGCAGCUUUGAUUGACCUCUUGGGACGCUGUGCUCCUGAGAUGCAUUUGAUUCAUGCUGGGAAGGGAGAAGCCAUCAGAAUUAGGUCCAUUUUGAGAUCCCUAAUUCCCCUGGGAGAUUUGGUGGGCGUUAUCAGCAUCGCUUUUCAGAUGCCAACAAUAGCCAAAGAUGGGAAUGUGGUGGAACCUGACAUGUCUGCGGGGUUUUGCCCAGAUCACAAGGCAGCCAUGGUUUUAUUCCUUGACAGGGUCUAUGGAAUUGAAGUUCAAGACUUCCUCCUCCAUCUUCUUGAGGUUGGCUUUCUGCCAGAUCUCCGGGCGGCUGCUUCUUUAGAUACGGCAGCUUUGAGUGCUACAGACAUGGCCUUGGCCCUCAAUCGGUACCUCUGCACAGCCGUCUUGCCAUUGUUAACAAGAUGUGCUCCUCUCUUUGCUGGCACAGAGCACCAUGCUUCUCUCAUUGACUCAUUACUUCAUACUGUGUAUAGACUUUCUAAGGGCUGUUCACUUACCAAAGCUCAGCGGGAUUCCAUAGAAGUUUGUUUACUCUCUAUUUGUGGGCAACUGAGACCUUCUAUGAUGCAGCACUUACUCAGAAGAUUAGUAUUUGAUGUUCCAUUAUUAAAUGAACAUGCAAAGAUGCCUCUUAAACUGCUGACAAAUCAUUAUGAAAGAUGCUGGAAAUAUUACUGCCUGCCUGGAGGGUGGGGAAACUUUGGUGCUGCCUCAGAAGAAGAACUUCAUUUAUCAAGAAAGUUGUUCUGGGGCAUUUUUGAUGCCCUAUCUCAAAAGAAAUAUGAACAAGAACUUUUCAAACUGGCACUGCCUUGCCUGAGUGCAGUUGCGGGAGCUUUGCCUCCAGACUACAUGGAGUCAAAUUAUGUCAGUAUGAUGGAAAAACAGUCAUCAAUGGAUUCUGAAGGGAACUUUAACCCACAACCUGUUGAUACCUCAAAUAUUACAAUUCCUGAGAAGUUGGAAUACUUCAUUAACAAAUAUGCAGAACACUCCCAUGACAAAUGGUCAAUGGACAAGUUGGCAAAUGGAUGGAUUUAUGGAGAAAUAUAUUCAGACUCUUCUAAGGUUCAGCCAUUAAUGAAGCCAUAUAAGCUAUUGUCUGAAAAGGAAAAAGAAAUUUAUCGCUGGCCAAUCAAAGAAUCUUUAAAAACUAUGCUGGCUUGGGGCUGGAGAAUUGAAAGAACUCGGGAGGGAGACAGCAUGGCCCUUUACAACCGGACUCGUCGUAUUUCUCAGACAAGCCAGGUUUCUGUAGACGCUGCCCAUGGUUACAGUCCCCGCGCCAUUGACAUGAGCAAUGUUACGCUAUGUAGAGACCUGCACGCUAUGGCAGAAAUGAUGGCUGAAAACUACCAUAAUAUAUGGGCAAAGAAAAAGAAAAUGGAGUUAGAGUCCAAAGGAGGGGGAAACCAUCCUCUGCUGGUGCCCUAUGAUACACUGACGGCCAAAGAGAAAGCCAAGGAUAGAGAAAAAGCACAGGACAUCCUCAAGUUCUUGCAGAUCAAUGGAUAUGCUGUAUCCAGAGGAUUUAAGGACCUGGAACUGGACACGCCUUCUAUUGAGAAACGGUUUGCUUAUAGUUUCCUCCAACAACUCAUUCGCUAUGUGGAUGAAGCCCAUCAGUAUAUCCUGGAGUUUGAUGGUGGCAGCAGAGGCAAAGGAGAACAUUUCCCUUAUGAACAAGAAAUCAAGUUCUUUGCAAAAGUCGUUCUUCCUUUAAUUGAUCAGUAUUUCAAAAACCAUCGUUUAUACUUCUUAUCUGCAGCAAGCAGACCUCUCUGCUCUGGAGGACAUGCUUCCAACAAAGAGAAAGAAAUGGUGACUAGCCUAUUCUGCAAACUUGGAGUUCUUGUCAGGCAUAGGAUUUCACUAUUUGGCAAUGAUGCAACAUCAAUUGUCAACUGUCUUCAUAUUUUGGGUCAGACUUUGGAUGCAAGGACAGUGAUGAAGACUGGCCUGGAGAGUGUUAAAAGUGCACUCAGAGCUUUUCUGGACAAUGCCGCAGAGGAUCUGGAGAAGACCAUGGAAAACCUCAAGCAGGGCCAGUUCACUCACACCCGAAACCAGCCCAAAGGGGUUACUCAGAUUAUCAAUUACACCACAGUGGCCCUGCUGCCAAUGCUGUCAUCAUUAUUUGAACAUAUUGGCCAGCAUCAGUUUGGAGAAGACCUAAUAUUGGAAGAUGUCCAGGUGUCUUGUUAUAGAAUUCUGACUAGCUUAUAUGCUUUGGGAACCAGCAAGAGUAUUUAUGUGGAGAGGCAACGUUCUGCAUUAGGAGAAUGUCUAGCUGCCUUUGCUGGUGCCUUUCCUGUAGCAUUUUUGGAAACUCAUCUGGACAAACAUAAUAUUUACUCCAUCUACAAUACAAAGUCUUCACGAGAAAGAGCAGCUCUCAGUUUGCCAACUAAUGUGGAAGAUGUUUGUCCAAACAUACCGUCUUUGGAGAAACUCAUGGAAGAAAUCGUGGAAUUAGCUGAGUCCGGCAUUCGCUACACUCAAAUGCCACAUGUCAUGGAAGUCAUACUGCCCAUGCUUUGCAGCUACAUGUCUCGUUGGUGGGAGCACGGACCUGAGAACAAUCCAGAACGGGCCGAGAUGUGCUGCACAGCCCUGAACUCAGAGCACAUGAACACACUUCUAGGGAACAUAUUGAAAAUCAUAUAUAAUAACUUGGGGAUUGAUGAGGGAGCCUGGAUGAAGAGGCUAGCGGUGUUUUCCCAGCCUAUAAUAAAUAAAGUGAAACCUCAGCUCUUGAAAACUCAUUUCUUGCCAUUAAUGGAGAAACUCAAGAAAAAGGCAGCUAUGGUGGUGUCUGAGGAAGACCACCUGAAGGCCGAGGCCAGGGGGGACAUGUCAGAGGCUGAACUCCUCAUCCUAGAUGAGUUCACCACACUGGCCAGAGAUCUCUAUGCCUUCUACCCUCUCUUGAUUAGAUUUGUGGACUAUAACAGGGCAAAGUGGCUAAAGGAGCCUAACCCAGAAGCAGAGCAGCUCUUCCGCAUGGUGGCUGAAGUGUUUAUCUACUGGUCGAAGUCCCAUAAUUUCAAAAGAGAAGAGCAGAACUUCGUUGUGCAGAAUGAAAUCAACAAUAUGUCUUUCCUUAUUACUGAUACCAAGUCAAAGAUGUCAAAGGCAGCUGUUUCUGAUCAGGAAAGGAAGAAAAUGAAGCGCAAAGGAGAUCGGUAUUCCAUGCAGACCUCUCUGAUUGUAGCAGCUCUGAAGCGGUUACUGCCCAUUGGGUUGAACAUCUGUGCCCCUGGGGACCAGGAGCUCAUUGCUCUGGCCAAAAAUCGAUUUAGCCUGAAAGAUACUGAGGAUGAAGUACGAGAUAUAAUCCGCAGCAAUAUUCAUUUACAAGGCAAGUUGGAGGAUCCUGCUAUUAGAUGGCAAAUGGCUCUUUACAAAGACUUACCAAACAGGACUGAUGAUACCUCAGAUCCAGAGAAGACGGUAGAAAGAGUAUUGGAUAUAGCAAAUGUGCUUUUUCAUCUUGAACAGAAGUCUAAACGUGUGGGUCGGAGACAUUACUGUCUGGGAAGUACAGUGGAGCAUCCUCAGAGAUCUAAAAAGGCUGUAUGGCAUAAACUACUCUCUAAGCAGAGGAAAAGGGCUGUUGUAGCCUGCUUCCGGAUGGCCCCCCUCUAUAAUCUGCCAAGGCAUCGGGCUGUCAAUCUCUUUCUUCAGGGAUAUGAAAAGUCUUGGAUUGAAACAGAAGAACAUUACUUUGAAGAUAAACUGAUAGAAGAUUUAGCAAAACCUGGGGCUGAACCUCCAGAAGAAGAUGAAGGCACUAAGAGAGUUGAUCCUCUACAUCAGCUGAUCCUUCUGUUUAGUCGGACAGCUUUAACAGAGAAAUGCAAACUGGAGGAAGAUUUUUUAUAUAUGGCCUAUGCAGAUAUUAUGGCAAAGAGUUGUCAUGAUGAGGAAGAUGACGAUGGUGAAGAGGAAGUGAAGAGUUUUGAAGAAAAAGAAAUGGAAAAGCAAAAGCUUCUAUACCAGCAAGCCCGACUCCACGAUCGUGGUGCGGCUGAGAUGGUGCUACAGACGAUCAGUGCCAGCAAAGGUGAAACUGGACCAAUGGUAGCAGCUACUUUGAAACUUGGAAUUGCUAUUUUAAAUGGUGGGAACUCCACAGUACAGCAGAAAAUGCUUGACUACCUCAAGGAGAAAAAGGAUGUGGGCUUCUUUCAGAGCCUGGCCGGCCUGAUGCAGUCAUGUAGUGUCCUUGACCUAAAUGCAUUUGAGCGACAAAACAAAGCUGAAGGUCUUGGGAUGGUGACAGAGGAAGGAUCAGGAGAAAAGGUUCUGCAGGACGAUGAGUUCACCUGUGACCUCUUCCGAUUCCUGCAACUACUCUGUGAGGGACACAACUCAGAUUUUCAGAAUUAUCUGAGAACUCAGACUGGCAAUAAUACAACUGUCAACAUAAUUAUCUCCACUGUGGACUACCUCCUGAGAGUUCAGGAAUCAAUUAGUGACUUUUAUUGGUAUUACUCUGGGAAAGAUGUUAUUGAUGAACAAGGACAACGGAAUUUCUCCAAAGCUAUUCAAGUGGCAAAACAAGUCUUUAACACUCUUACAGAGUAUAUUCAGGGUCCUUGCACUGGGAAUCAACAGAGUUUGGCACACAGCAGGCUGUGGGAUGCUGUGGUCGGCUUUCUUCAUGUGUUUGCCCAUAUGCAGAUGAAGCUGUCGCAGGAUUCCAGUCAAAUUGAGCUAUUAAAAGAAUUAAUGGAUCUGCAGAAGGAUAUGGUGGUCAUGUUGCUGUCCAUGUUAGAAGGUAACGUUGUUAAUGGAACGAUUGGCAAACAGAUGGUGGAUAUGCUUGUGGAAUCUUCCAACAAUGUGGAGAUGAUUCUCAAAUUUUUUGACAUGUUCUUAAAACUAAAAGAUUUGACGUCGUCUGAUACUUUUAAAGAAUAUGACCCCGAUGGCAAGGGAGUCAUUUCCAAGAGGGACUUCCACAAAGCGAUGGAGAGUCAUAAGCACUACACGCAGUCAGAAACGGAAUUUCUUUUGUCUUGUGCGGAGACGGAUGAGAAUGAAACCCUCGACUAUGAAGAGUUCGUCAAACGCUUCCACGAACCUGCGAAGGACAUCGGCUUCAAUGUCGCCGUCCUUCUGACAAACCUCUCUGAGCACAUGCCCAACGAUACCCGACUUCAGACUUUUCUAGAAUUAGCAGAGAGCGUCCUGAAUUAUUUCCAGCCCUUUCUGGGCCGCAUCGAAAUCAUGGGAAGUGCCAAACGCAUCGAGAGAGUCUAUUUUGAAAUCAGUGAGUCCAGUCGAACCCAGUGGGAGAAGCCCCAGGUCAAGGAGUCCAAAAGACAGUUCAUAUUUGAUGUGGUCAACGAAGGAGGAGAAAAAGAGAAGAUGGAACUCUUUGUGAACUUCUGCGAGGACACCAUCUUCGAAAUGCAGCUGGCGGCUCAGAUCUCAGAGUCGGAUCUGAACGAGAGGUCAGCGAAUAAGGAAGAAAGUGAGAAGGAGAGGCCAGAAGAGCAGGGGCCGAGAAUGGCCUUCUUCUCCAUUCUCACGGUCAAGUCGGCCCUGUUUGCACUCAGGUACAAUAUCUUGACCCUUAUGCGAAUGCUCAGUCUGAAGAGCCUGAAGAAGCAGAUGAAAAAAGUAAAAAAGAUGACCGUGAAGGACAUGGUCACGGCCUUCUUUUCAUCCUACUGGAGUAUUUUUAUGACCCUCUUGCACUUCGUGGCCAGCGUUUUCAGAGGCUUUUUCCGCAUCAUUUGCAGCCUGCUGCUUGGGGGAAGCCUGGUCGAAGGUGCUAAAAAGAUCAAAGUUGCAGAACUGUUAGCCAACAUGCCAGACCCCACUCAGGAUGAGGUGAGAGGAGAUGGGGAGGAGGGAGAGAGGAAACCCCUGGAAGCCGCCCUGCCCUCCGAGGAUCUGACCGACUUAAAGGAGCUGACAGAAGAAAGUGACCUUCUUUCGGACAUCUUUGGCCUGGAUCUGAAGAGAGAAGGAGGACAGUACAAACUAAUUCCUCAUAAUCCAAAUGCUGGGCUCAGUGACCUCAUGAGCAACCCAGUCCCCAUGCCUGAGGUGCAAGAAAAAUUUCAGGAACAGAAGGCAAAAGAAGAAGAAAAGGAAGAAAAAGAAGAAACCAAAUCUGAACCUGAAAAAGCCGAGGGAGAAGAUGGAGAAAAAGAAGAGAAAGCCAAGGAAGACAAGGGCAAACAAAAGUUGAGGCAGCUUCACACACACAGAUACGGAGAACCAGAAGUGCCAGAGUCAGCAUUCUGGAAGAAAAUCAUAGCAUAUCAACAGAAACUUCUAAACUAUUUUGCUCGCAACUUUUACAACAUGAGAAUGUUAGCCUUAUUUGUCGCAUUUGCUAUCAAUUUCAUCUUGCUCUUCUAUAAGGUCUCCACUUCUUCUGUGGUUGAAGGAAAGGAGCUCCCCACUAGAAGUUCAAGUGAAAAUGCCAAAGUGACCAGCCUGGACAGCAGCUCCCAUAGAAUCAUCGCAGUUCACUAUGUACUAGAGGAGAGCAGCGGCUACAUGGAGCCCACGUUGCGUAUCUUAGCUAUUCUGCACACGGUCAUUUCUUUCUUCUGCAUCAUUGGAUACUACUGCUUGAAAGUCCCAUUGGUUAUUUUUAAGCGAGAAAAGGAAGUGGCACGGAAAUUGGAAUUUGAUGGGCUUUAUAUUACAGAACAGCCUUCAGAAGAUGAUAUUAAGGGCCAGUGGGAUAGACUCGUAAUCAACACACAGUCAUUUCCCAACAACUACUGGGACAAAUUUGUUAAAAGAAAGGUUAUGGAUAAGUAUGGAGAGUUCUACGGCCGAGACAGAAUCAGUGAAUUACUUGGCAUGGACAAGGCAGCUCUGGACUUCAGUGAUGCCAGAGAAAAGAAGAAGCCAAAGAAGGACAGCUCCCUAUCAGCUGUACUGAACUCCAUUGAUGUGAAGUAUCAGAUGUGGAAACUAGGAGUCGUUUUCACUGACAAUUCCUUCCUCUACCUCGCCUGGUAUAUGACUAUGUCUGUUCUUGGACACUAUAACAACUUUUUUUUUGCCGCUCACCUUCUCGACAUUGCUAUGGGAUUCAAGACAUUAAGAACCAUCUUGUCCUCAGUAACUCACAAUGGCAAACAGCUCGUAUUAACCGUUGGCUUAUUAGCUGUCGUUGUAUACCUGUACACUGUGGUGGCAUUCAAUUUUUUCCGAAAAUUCUACAAUAAAAGUGAAGAUGGUGAUACACCAGACAUGAAAUGUGAUGAUAUGCUAACAUGCUAUAUGUUCCACAUGUAUGUUGGAGUUCGUGCUGGAGGAGGGAUCGGGGAUGAAAUCGAAGACCCAGCAGGAGAUGAAUAUGAGAUCUAUCGAAUCAUCUUUGACAUCACUUUCUUCUUCUUUGUUAUUGUCAUUCUCUUGGCCAUAAUACAAGGUCUGAUUAUCGAUGCUUUUGGAGAACUAAGAGACCAACAGGAACAAGUCAAAGAAGAUAUGGAAACCAAAUGCUUCAUCUGUGGGAUAGGCAAUGAUUACUUCGACACAGUGCCACAUGGCUUUGAAACCCACACUUUACAGGAGCACAACUUGGCUAAUUACUUGUUUUUUCUGAUGUAUCUUAUAAACAAAGAUGAAACAGAACACACAGGACAGGAAUCUUAUGUGUGGAAGAUGUAUCAAGAAAGGUGUUGGGAAUUUUUCCCAGCAGGGGAUUGCUUCCGGAAACAGUAUGAAGACCAGCUAAAUUAAACUCAAGACCCCAUUUACCUCUAAAAACCAAAACCCCACCCCUCUCUGUCCCUCUGUCAAUUUCUCUGCUCUCUUGGAAACAUUUUGCUGAUUUUGUGAAUUGCCAGCCUUGUGUGUUUUCUGGGAGCAUCGAAGCUGUGUUUCCGAAGACCUGUUUCCUACCCCCACCUUUCGUUAUUUACUUUGAGACUAAAGACUGAAGAAUAAUCUAAAUUCAUACUCAGACAAAAAAAAGGAAUUCUGGAAAGAAAAACAUUCUGGACACUGUCAUAACACACACAGACAGAUUUUCUUCUGAGACUACUGGAGUCUUCUCGAGCUACGAGACCUUCACAGAGACGCGUGGCAGCCACACUCACCCAGCCUCUUUAUUUCACCAUCCUGGAAGGAAACUGUCUAAUGGUCACAGAGCACUGUAGCACUUAACAGAUUGCCAUGGACACCAGUUGCGAAGGGAAAUAGUGCCUUACUAUAUGUGGGUUGAGCUAUGCAGAAGAUACGUGCAUGAAAAAACAUCUUUAUUUUCUUUAUGUCGACCUUUCUUAGAUUGAUUUUGUGAGGUUUUUUUUUUUUUCCUUUAGUCUUUUCUUUGGUGGGGGAGGGUAAGAAAAGCAGUUUGCACUUAAAAAGAAAAAAAAAAAAACGGGUGGUGUGUCUCAGGACAAAAGGAGGCUCUUCUCAUUCAGCUAAAUUCACAUUUGCCCCCCCCCCCAUAUGCUCCUGCUAUUAUUUUGGUAAUGCUCUGAUGCAACAUUGCAACUUUAUGAAAUCUUUGUAUGAAAACAAAAAGACUGCAAAAAAUACACUUUCAAAAGAAACCAUUCAUUGCAUGUUUAUUAUGCAAGUUUAAAUGAACAAAAAGAAAACCUUCAGAAACAAGUUGAUCAACGUGAGAGAAAUUUCAUGAUAAUUAUUCAUAGUAAUAAAGUGUCGUGGGCUUAAUUGUAUAUCUGGAGCCAGUGUCAUCCACCAACAAUGUGAUACAUUAUGAACUUGACAGUAGUUUUGGGUUUUGCUCUUUCUUUCAGCCACCUGUGAUCAGUUUUGUUGAUUAAGGACUUCUUGUCAGGCCAUUUUUUAAUAUCAAAGCUGAAGCAAUAUCCAUUCAGGGAUUUCAUCAGUUGCAUCACAAAACACGGAUGAUGAUAUACAUCACUCCAUGUUUUCCAUUUUGAAUCCUUUUAAAUGUAAUGCUAACCUUUACAGUUUAAAAAGUCAGAUUCAGAAUGGAAACAAGGUCAUUUUGCAAACAUUGGAGCUCUUUUAUUACAAGUCUGCUUGUUAAUUUUAGAAUUGUAAAACCGCUCUGAUUAAACUAUUUAACUAAC